AUGAGGAUUGCUGGGGGUCUGGAUUCAGCAACUGGAUUUUCUCAGUACAACGAGGGCAGUAUUCUUGUUAGUGACGAUUCUCUCCUAUCAGAAAAUUUUAUGUGUUUACAACUAAUAACUAGUUCUAGGGAAGAAAUUUACAACAAUCCUAACCCGCAAUCAGAUUUUUUCUGCCGUCCAAGAUCACUAAGCUGGACUAAAGAGACCGAGGCGAUCACAUUGGAAAUGUUCACCAAAUUUUAUAAAGAGGUGAAUGGAAUAAAAACUAACCCCGUGAUUAUCACUGUGGAUAAUAUUCGUCUUCAAAUAACUGCAGAAGCGGUAUAUUUUUUGAUAGACGGCAAAGCUGCUAAUGCUAUCGUCGGCAAUAAAAAUACCCACGCCUGCCCAGUGUGUAUUUCAGGACCAGUUGGAGUUAUAUGUCCAUCAUAUUUUCACUCCUGGUUGAACUCCACGGAAUGGUUGAUUCGUAACGCUGCCAAAAAGAGGAUUCCCAAUAAUCCAGCAUUGAAACAUCCGGAAGUGCAGUCAGAGCAUAGAAGAAUUUCAAACAAACUUGAAGAUCGUUUCGAAGCGCAUGUUAACCGACCAAAGCCAGGUGGAUGUGGAAGCUCGAAUAACGGAAAUCUUGCUCGCCUUCUACUCUCCGAUCCUACAGCGUUUUCUGAUAUUUUGGGAAUAAAUAGAAAAUUGGUGGAAAAUUUAAGAAAAAUAAGCAGUUUGGCACUCUCAUCGCAAAGGCUCGAACCCGAGAAAGUUAAAAUUUUAUACGAGGAGUUAGAAAAAAACAUACUGACAGAAUUCCCUUUUAUAAAAAAGUUGCCACCUUGCUUGCAUAAGUACAAACACUUAUCGGAGUACAUCACCAAAUUGCCUUACACUAUGAAUUUUGUUGAUGAGCAGGCAGGUGAACGCAUGCACAAACGGCAUAAUUUUUCGAGGCCUAACCUAGCCCGAAAAACAACUCCGGAAGAUAACAUGUACGAUAUAAUGGUUGCAGCUUUGGCGUGGUCUGACAUCAAAAUAUCGUACACUACGUUUAAAAAACGACGAAAUUGCAACGCUAAUGAAGACCAUGAUAUUGAUUUGGCGCAAUUUUAUGAAGGUCAUCAAAUGGAAACAAGGAAUCAGCACAAACGGAUGAGGAAAGCUCUGAUAUAGAAAGCUCUGAAGAAUUGUCUAGCGAAGAGAGUUCAA